CUGCAAGCCGUUUCAGUUGGCGAACAACCUUCUGUGGCGACGCACGCGUUGGAAUCGGGUCGUCAGUUCGGUUCUUGGAUUUAGUGUUUUAAACAUCGUGGAUAAUUUUUUAUAACUAAAUAUUUGACAAACUUGAAAGAGCAACGACAAAUUGUCUCAAAGAUGCCGGAGGAAGUUGCCGCCAAAGGCAGCAUUUUGGGCAAAUGUGUGCCCUCCCGCUACGUGCUGGCCAUAAUGGGGUCCAUUGGCAUGGCCAUCGUCUACGGCCUCAAGGUGAAUCUCAGUGUGGCAAUGGUGGCUAUGGUAAACCAUACAGAAGUCCACCGUCUCGCGUCAAACAAAUCAGAUAGCCACGCAAACAGCACAAAUGAAUAUGAGGUGUGCCUCCCGCCAGGAGAAUCCAGCGGAGCUGGAGCACCUGCCGCGCAAGAUGGUCCUUUUGUCUGGAGCGAACCCCUACAGGGCACCCUGUUGAGUUGUUACUUCUGGGGCUAUCUGGUCUCACAGAUUCCGCUGGCCCACGUCGCCGAGAACUUCUCGGCCAAAUGGGUGAUGUUGUUCUCCGUGGCCAUCAAUGUGGCCUGCACCCUGCUGACUCCGGUGCUUACCAAAUUGCAUUUCGGCGGACUUAUCCUGAUGCGAGUUAUGGAGGGAAUCGGAGGUGGAGCCUCUUUCCCGGCUAUGCACGUCAUGAUUGCCUCCUGGGCCCCACCCACCGAACGCAUGGUCAUGUCCACCAUCAUCUACGUGGGCACUUCCGCCGGCACUGCUCUCUCCAUUCUGUUGGCCGGUGUUCUCUCCGAGCAGUGGGGCUGGGAAUCAGUCUUCUACGUGAUGGGUGCUCUCAGCUGCAUUUGGAUGGUUCUCUGGAUUAUUCUCGUUCAGGAUAAUCCCAACAAGCAGCGAUUCAUCAGUCCCGAGGAGCGGCAAAUGAUCAAUAGCUCCCUUGGCACGGAAGUAAAGGAAGACCACCACCCGGCUGUGCCAUGGAAGAAGGUCUUUACGUCCAUUCCAUUCUGGGCCAUCCUGAUUGCUCACACUUGCAGCAACUUUGGCUGGUACAUGUUCCUCAUCGAGAUUCCGUUCUACAUGAAGCAGGUCCUUAAGUUCAAUGUGGCCAGUAAUGCGACCCUGAGUGCUAUGCCAUACUUCCCCAUGAUUAUCUUCAGUAUUUGCCUCGGAAAACUGCUGGACAGCCUCCAAUCCAAGGGCAAGAUCAGCACCACCUUUGCCCGCAAAACCGCCACUUCUAUUUGCACAUUAAUUCCCGGAGCUUGCCUGAUCAUUCUUUGCUUUAUCGGAUGCCGUCACUACGAGGCCGUGGCCGUCAUGUCGGUGGGAAUUGUGGCCAUGGGAGCCAUGUUCUCGGGUUUCCUAUCCAACCACAUCGACAUUGCCCCCAACUUCGCCGGAACCCUGGUGGCCCUGACUAACACUGCGGCUACUCUUCCCGGCAUUGUGGUGCCACUCUUUGUGGGAUAUGUGACCAAAGGAAACCAACAUAUUGGAGCCUGGCGUAUCAUUUUCGGAGUCACAAUAGUAUUGUUUGCUAUUGAGUUUCUAGCCUUUGUUAUUUUCGGUUCAGGAAAGGAGCAGUCCUGGAACAAGACAUCAGAAGAAAAUAACAAGGACGAAAAGACCCCGCUUAAGAACAUAACCAAGCUUAAAACCUAGAUUAAACUACUCUGUCAAUAUUAUUUCAAAGUGCUGCUUAUUUCGAAGUAUUUUGGAUACAGCUUGCAUCUAAUAGAGAGGUCAUCACUAGACUGUAUAUACCAACUACAAAAUGUAAUUUUUUAGUUUUUUCUAAAACCCUAAGAUGUUGGAGUCGAAUUAAAGACUUCUAACAUCGUCUUGGUUAUCACAGACUAUUCUGCGGAUUAAAAACUCAGCGCCCGAUCAAUGUACUUAACACUCUUGAUUCAUGUCUAAAAAUAAACUGAUGUCGUAGUGGAA